CUUAAUGCGGUCAUCUGAUUUCCGUGACAUAGUUACAGUAGUCCAUGAUUAUGCGUAGUGGGUGCUCCUAUGUCGACAAAUACGAUGAUACACCGAGUGUGAAAGGCCAGUAUCGCUGUGUCUUUUGAUAUGCAGCUCUCCUGGCUUGCGGAGUGCAAGGACCAGGACUUCAUGCAUGCAGUGCCACAGGCAGAAGGCAACAAGCAAAAGCACCAAACCCCCCACCGCUCCAUUGUUCCGCGUGGUCCCCUCGGAAAAUCUGCCGGCGGCAGAUGUCGGCAGGCCCUCCGCCGCGUUCGCAAUCUGCACCCAGCAGCGAUCUGCUGCUUGGCGAUCUAUAUGUCACAAUCUACCCGUGUCGACGAAUUAUCCCCGAGGACGACUGGAAAUGUACCCCAGCCUUGGCCUGUAGCGUGUUUGGACUUGGCUUCCCCACACGGAGGACACCUUGGCAGCAACCUACAUGUAUACCUUGGACGUAGUGUCUCUCGGCGGGCAGGCAUGGUGGAUAAAGAAGGGUGGUGUGUUUCGAGGGCUUGGCGAGGGCGGCAGUGGGGUCGUCAAGACGAGACGGGACCAAGAGCGGGGUGGAGAUGGAUGGCUGCUUCGGUGGGCAUGUGUACAUCUUUUGAUUGAGGUUGCACAUGUCAUGGCUAAUGAGGUGUCGGUGGGAAGGGGAUGGGGCGUGGCGACUUGAGGGUCAUUGGUAGGGACUUCCGGUGGGAAAACGAAGGACAGGAUCACACUGUGAUGGAGUUGUCAUCGAGCCCGAUGACUAUUCUUAGCUUUGG